AUGGACCUCGCUCUUCAUGGUACGCUCUCCAACCACGGCAUUGUUAUAAAGCUAACUCAAGGACCCCCAGAUCCUGGUGAAUUCUUGCAAAAAUUUAGAAAAAUAAGAACGGGAAUUUAUGACGCUCCAGAUGACUUUGUCAUAAAACACGAUGCAGACAAAUCGCCCUCAUUUGAGCCUGUCAACGAAGAAUUAUGGGAAGCGUGCGCCGGAAGCAGCGUUGUCACGCAUUUUACACUUGAUCGGGUAUAUGAGGCCCUCCAGACAUCUGAGAAGUGCAACCACAUUUGGGCGCUAUUUGAACGCAUUUUUUUUAUUUCCCGGAAGUCGAAGAAAGAAGAAAUAUGCUCGAUCAGGCCGGGUCUAUACCGAGUGCCCAUUGGUAAGAAGAGUGUCAUGACAUUGUUAAGCUAG